AUGUCGACUUCCCCCGAAGAUGCCCUGGCAAGUGCGUCGGGUCUGGGACUAGAUGCCACAGCAGUAGCAGCCAUUGAUGCUGGUGCUGGUGCUGGUGCUGGUGCUGGUAGUGAGCCGCUGGCAUGCGUCGCCUGUCGGGCCCGGAAGCUUAAGUGCGAUCGCCAGAAGCCUGUUUGUGCCCGGUGUUCAAGGACCGACAUUGAAUGUGUCUAUCCAGAGUCACGGAGGAAGCCGGCCUCCAAGCGGCGGAAUGUGCGGGAGUUGGAGGAGCGAUUGGCUCAGGUCGAGGGCUUGCUCAAAACCGUUGGGAAGAAACAAACCAAGACGCCUGAAAGUGAUCUUGUUAGCCCCGAUGACGAAUCGCCCGACUCGUUCGAAAGAAAGUCCUCAGACGCCGACUUUGAUGAGACGCUUGCAGGUGAUUCUCAACCCCCUUCUGCUGCAGCUCCCCGUCCCCCACGCCAUGCAAACUCACAUCAGAGCACGGAGCUCCUGGAGCUUGGGCAGUCCGAGACUCUCCCUCCCCAUGACAUGAUCGAGGACCUCCACAACUCCUUUUUCAAGACGGCCUACCCUUGGGUCCCCAUUAUUCACCAGGCCAACUACUUGCGCGCUUUCUACUCCAGGGUCCCGCAACUGCGUCCGCCCAUGUGUCUUCAGUAUGCUCUCUGGGCAUUAGGCGCGAACCGGCACGCCAAGUAUAACCGGUACCGCGACAUAUUCUAUCAACGCGCCCGCCAGUACUUGCAAACUGAUGAGCUCAAGGGAGAUGGCGAGUGUUUCAUUACGGUUGGCCAUGCCCAAGCCUGGGCUAUAGUCGCCGCGUUUGAGUCCCGCCGGAUGAAUUACACCCGGGCUGCUAUGAGCUCUGCCAGAUGCGUCAGGCUGGUUGAGAUGAUGGGGUUUCACCGUCUCGACGACUCCGGCUACGAGGAGAGUCCCAUGACGCCCAUGUUAGUUCCUCCAAAGGACUGGAUCGACCUAGAAGAACGCCGACGUAUCUUCUGGGCUACGUACUGUAUGGACUGCCACGCAAGCAACAGCGCCGGCUGGCCAUGCUUGGUUGACGAAAGCCAGAUCACGACCAAUAUGCCCGCCACCGAAGAGGCAUUCGCAAACGGGAAGGAGGAAAAGAUGCCCAAGCUUGGCGAUCUGUCCGCCGGCGGCCAAUACUCGGAAUUUGGCGCGGCCGUCGUGGUCUGCCAUAUCAAUGUCCAGUUGUUGAAACAUAUUCACCGCCCACGGCCCCUCGACGAACCAAAGGACAUGGAGCACGAUCAGUUCUGGAAGAGACACAGGGAGCUAGACAACGUUCUGUCUAGCGUCUUUAUGUUUGUUCCUGAGCGCUUCAGGUUGCCGAGAGCCAUCCGAAACCCCGUGGCGGUGCAGACCAACAUAAAUCUCCAUGCUGCUGUUAUCAUACUUCACAUGGCGGCCUGCGACCGGAUUGACCGAUUUAACCUAGUAACCACGUUGAAGCAGGUCAGCAAGGCCAGGGCAUUGAUGGCUGCCCAAGAAAUUGUCAACAUCAUGAAGCUGACCGCCCAUAUGACGAACCCUAAAACCCAUCUCGUUGCCAUGUCAUUGUACUGUGCCGCCGUUAUGUACAUAUACGAUAGCAAGGAAGACCCGAGCAGGUACGAGCACGACAAUCUCGAGUUCCUGGUCAGGGCCAUAGAUGCGAUAAGCCGCCAGGCUGGCUUUCCAAUGGCGCAAAACUACCUCCACCAGAUUAUCCUCGAUCUCCAGUUAAACGGCCUCGCUGUGCCCCAUGGCAUGGUAAUGCCACCUGGAAACGACCCUUCUUGUGCCAGAGGGAUCCCGAUCCUAGUGCGGUCUUCUGUGUCGCUGACUCCAGUGCAACCGCCACUCCCUGGUCUUUUACCACUCGGGAAACCGGUAGGCAGGGUGCCCUACAACCUGGAGACACGCUGGGACCGAGAGGUGACACUCCUCAUCGGCGACGAGGCUAGAUUUGGUGACUACGGCCCACAGACGAACAAGCGCAAACGCGUAUCGCCGUCACCGGCGCCGGAAACCAUUGCCGAUGUAGCCAUGAACCCCGACGCCCAAGCCUCGACUUAUUUCACACCCAGAUUCUCACACAGACCGUUUGCUGUGACUGGGUCGCCUGCCACCAACGCCAUUUGGUCGACGGGCAUUAUUACCCCCUUGCCCAGGCAGGUGAAGCUUGCACACCACUCGGGAUCGCCAUCGAUGGCAUCUGCGCGGAUAAGCCAAGUGGAGCAGAUCAUGGCCACUUCGGCGGAGCAAGUGGAUAUCCAUGAUAUGGGGCUUUUCGGAAGCGGUGAUGGCGAUGGCAUCAACAAUAACAAUGACGACAACAACAACCACAACCACAACCACAAUAGUAACAACCUCAACAAUAACGACAUCAACAACAACAACGGCAUCAAUCUAGCUUGUGUGGACGAGUCAUAUCUCUUCGGGGCAGUGAACAACUGGGGCACCUCGAUUCUUGCGGAUCCCAUGUACUACUCCCAGGCUGUGGACGCGCUGCUCGACCCGAACGACUUCGAGGCGCCCACAGACGGCACCCCCUGGACGCUGCUCGACUGCGGCGUCUUGGACGGUUCUACGCCUGCGUCUGGACCCGCGUCCGCCAAGACUAGGACUGGUUCCUGGGACAAUGCCAGUGGGGAAGGCGGCACUGGGUGA